AUGUGCUCCGGAGGGAAAAAUGAAAUGAACAAUGACCCGGCCCCGAGGCCCGCUCAGAAGCCGCAGCGUCCAGAGCGUGCAAAGAAUCCCUCGUGGAAUGCCUACCCGUCAUCCGCUGCAUCAUCAUCAAAACAGCACACCUACGCACCACCAUCCGGACCACCGCCCAGCCAGCAACAAUACGCCGCACCACCGGGUCCGCCACCAUCCCAUCACCAGAAUGAAUUCGCGCCUCCAGCAGGACCUCCUCCAGACCACAAGCCCGGAUACGCACCGCCUCCUUCUAACCAGGACUGGGCAGUCCCUCCUCCCGAGGCCCCUCCGUCCCAGAAGACAGCCGAGCACGACUGGCAAGCCGUGGUGCCCGACACGUCUCUCUUCCCUCCUCCGCCGGCCAUCUUCAGCGGACACGACUACUCGCCCACAAAUAAUGCUACGGAGGAAGAAGCAGAAGCCGGCGAGGCCUGGUGUGCGCAGCAUCCUCUCACCCAGCCCCUGCAUCUCGACGCCGCGGCCAAGACGGCCCUCCACGCAAACAACUUCCGCCUCAUGGAGCCCGCCGGCUUCAACGGCAAGCUAAACUGGCUGGCACCCGGCCACUGGGAGGCCUCGACAUCAAACAACGCCCCGGACAAAUGCAUCAUCGGCUACCCGCCGCUGUACCUCGUCCACGAGCACGACCCCACGCGCCACGGCCAGCCCAAAACCAUUUACUACGAGGUCAAGGUCCGCCGCGGCAACAAGAACAACACCAUAGCCGUGGGUUUCACCGCCCUCCCCUACCCGUCCUUCCGCCUCCCGGGCUGGCACCGCGGCAGCCUGGCCGUCCACUCAGACGACGGCCGCAAGUACAUCAACGACCGAUGGGGCGGCAAGGACUUCACGCACGCGUUCCGCAAGGGCGAGACGCUGGGGAUCGGAAUGACCUUUGCGCCGACCGGCACGCCGCGCCCCGACGUGUCCGUCUUCUUCACCAGGGACGGCGUCCGCGCCGGCGGCUGGGACCUGCACGAGGAGACGGACGCCAAGCAGGACUUGCCGGUGACGGGGCUGGAAGGCUUCCACGACUUGACCUGCGCCAUUGGCGUCUUUGACAGCGCCGAAAUCGAGGUCGUCUUUGAUCCUGCCAAGUGGAAGUAUAAGCCUACGUAG